CUCAGACCGGCCCCCCCCGCCCGCCACCUCUGCCACUUUUCGGAGUCCCCCGCCCUCGUCACUGCCUCCCCGGAGCUGCGGGGCAGUCGGACGCAGAGCUGCCGAACCGCGAGAACGCCUGGCCAGAGCUGCCCUCUGCAGCCGAGCCGGCGCCCCCUGCCCUUUGCCGCCGCGUUGGGCGGGCGCCCCCGCCGCCCUCACUCCGCUCCUCCCGGCUCCUCGCGCGCAGGUCGCGGAGCUCCACCACCGCUGGGUGCGGCGAGGCCGGCGCGAUGCGGCAGCUGUGCCGGGGCCGCGUGCUGGGCAUCUCGGUGGCCAUCGCGCACGGGGUCUUCUCGGGCUCCCUCAACAUCUUGCUCAAGUUCCUCAUCAGCCGCUACCAGUUCUCCUUCCUGACCCUGGUGCAGUGCCUGACCAGCUCCACGGCGGCGCUGAGCCUGGAGCUGCUGCGGCGCCUCGGGCUCAUCGCCGUGCCCCCCUUCGGUCUGAGCCUGGCGCGCUCCUUCGCGGCGGUCGCGGUGCUCUCCACGCUGCAGUCCAGCCUCACGCUGUGGUCCCUGCGCGGCCUCAGCCUGCCCAUGUACGUGGUCUUCAAGCGCUGCCUGCCCCUGGUCACCAUGCUCAUCGGCGUCCUGGUGCUCAAGAACGGCGCGCCCUCGCCAGGGGUGCUGGCGGCGGUGCUCAUCACCACCUGCGGCGCCGCCCUGGCAGGAGCCGGCGACCUGACGGGCGACCCCAUCGGGUACGUCACGGGAGUGCUGGCGGUGCUGGUGCACGCUGCCUACCUGGUGCUCAUCCAGAAGGCCAGCGCAGACACCGAGCACGGGCCGCUCACCGCGCAGUACGUCAUCGCCGUCUCUGCCACCCCGCUGCUGGUCAUCUGCUCCUUCGCCAGCACCGACUCCAUCCACGCCUGGACCUUCCCGGGCUGGAAGGACCCGGCCAUGGUCUGCAUCUUCGUGGCCUGCAUCCUGAUCGGCUGCGCCAUGAACUUCACCACGCUGCACUGCACCUACAUCAACUCGGCCGUGACCACCAGCUUCGUGGGCGUGGUGAAGAGCAUCGCCACCAUCACGGUGGGCAUGGUGGCCUUCAGCGACGUGGAGCCCACCUCUCUGUUCAUUGCUGGCGUGGUGGUGAACACCCUGGGCUCCAUAAUUUACUGUGUGGCCAAGUUCAUGGAGACCAGAAAGCAAAGCAACUACGAGGACCUGGAGGCCCAGCCCCGGGGAGAGGAGGCGCAGCUAAGUGGAGACCAGCUGCCGUUCGUGAUGGAGGAGCUGCCCGGGGAGGGAGGAAAUGGCCUGUCAGAAGGUGGGGAGGCAGCAGGUGGCCCCGCUCAGCAGAGCAGGCAAGAGUUCAGGGGCAGCCCCCGAGGAGUCCCGCUGGUGGCUGGGAGCUCUGAAGAAGGGAGCAGGAGGUCGUUAAAAGAUGCUUACCUCGAGGUAUGGAGGUUGGUUAGGGGAACCAGGUAUAUGAAGAAGGAUUAUCUGAUAGAAAACGAGGAGUUACCCAGUCCUUGAGAAGGAGGUGCAUGUACGUACCUAUGUGCAUACACUUAUUUUAUAUGUUAGAAAUGACAUGUUUUAAUGAGAGGCCUCCCCGUUUUAUUCUUUGAGGAGUGGGAAAGGGAAGAAAAGAAAGAAGCUGAAAGGUACUGACACAGAGCAACAAAAUUAGCACCUGUGUGAAUUAUUUAGUGUGACUUCACCUGAGGCAUCACGGAGACAAAAGAAUGUGAAGCUACUUAACAAAGUAAGGCAACGUUUCUGCUUCAGACUCCUGGCACAUUUACUUUUUGUCAUUAUAACCAUAACUAAAUAUCUGCAUGUACCAAGAGUCCCUAAGCCACCCCCUCCAAAGAUGGAGUGUAGAAAGGAUGACAGCACUUAGUAAGUUCAAAGAUGACAUUCAGGGAUGCAUUUUUUGAUGAUAGAACUACAGUUUUUAUCGCCAGCUGGGCAAAGAGUAUAUUGCUGAAAUGAUAUAUAAAUAUAUUGAAUUGAUGUUUACUGUUUAUAGUCAUCUGAAAUAUCAUAUUUACUCUGAUUCUACUACUUGUUUUUUAAAAAUAAGUGUUCUAUUAUUGUAUUAUAUAUUGAUAGAAACUGUUAAAGCUAUUUUGAAAAUAUGAGUUCUUAGCUUUAAUCAUGAAGUUUGAAGUUUGCUUUUAGUAAUUAUUUUAAAAGUUGUUUUGGUUCAUUGCUUUACAAUAUUUAUUAUUGAAUGCCAGACCUGUUCUUUUUUUUACUGUGUCCAAUAUUCUUUCAAGCAAAUGCAAUGGCUGGAAUAUAAUUCAGAAUUAACUGAAACCCAGCCAGAAGAGGGACCACCUGUAAAGCAAGUCCUUUCAAGUUGCACUGCACAUCCCAAACCAUGUUACAAAAAGAGCAACUGCUAUAUUCACAUUAUGAUAUUUUUCUAUCUUAAAUUUGUCAAAAUAAAGUAUGAGUCUAACUAUUAAAAGAUACAUUGUUAGAAAUUUA